AUGUGGGUCAAUGUGACCAAUUUGUUUGGACAGAAGUGGGCCUUAUUCUUCCUUGACUUGGAGGCCAAUGAAGGGCUCAAUUGUCAUAACAACAACCAUCUGUGGCUCUUGCACUGGCUUUUCUUGCAAGACAUAAACAACAAUGCAACCAGGUUCCAGAAUGAAUGGAACUUCCAUACCAUGUCUCUGGCAGAGGGAAACCAACAUCCAGUGGACCUUUUCCUCAAGGGGUGUCUGCAGCAUGGUGCAAGAGGCAUCCAACUGGUCACUGGAAAUGACCAACACUACUAUGCAAAUCUGGGCUCUUAUGGAUCUGAAGUCAACAUUACACUUGCUGAGGCUGAAGAGGACCAGCCAGAGGUCACCAUCUCACAUGCUGAGACUGAGGUGCAAUCCCUGCCAAAUGCCCACCUCCAGCCUCUGCCAGCACAGGGGUUCAUACAUACUCAUGGCAUCACUGACCAGAUGCCAGCAUGCCUAUCAAAUAUUGACUUGCUGCCCCCAGAUUUGUCCUUUGUCAGCAGAGCAUAUGGGGCAGCUAGUGAAUGA